GUUGUUACCACAGAGAUGAUGUUACGCGUUAUUUGGUUCCCAGUGUUUGUCCACUGAGUCAACGGAGGACUUUCAGAUUAUUGAAAACUAAACCACUGCAGCUGAUCAACGAUGGUGCCAGCCAGCUUUUAAACUCUCCAGAGGAUGCAUACGACACGCAGCCCUUCGUCCAUCCCGACAGCUGUCUCCGGAGACGCCUUGGACCUCAGCUUGUCAGGCUCCCAGCUUUCUAUGUCCAAAAGACCCAGCAGCGCGUCACCUGGGAAGUACUUCUCCCGCUCCGUGUCGGUUUCUGUGGCCAGUGACAGCAGAGGAAAACGCAACACCCUGAGCGACGCUUGCUUCGGUAGCUCCCGCUCCAUCAAGAACCUGAGGCGGUCCAACAGCACCACUCAGGUUAAUCAGCAGGCCAACAUCAGUUUAAGUCAGGACCCGAGCGAGGACUACCUGUCCCUGUUUGACAGCAGCUCCGAUGGACGCAAGAAGCUGGCCAGCCUCAGCAAGGCCUCACCAGACAGAACCACGUGGAACAUCCUGGACGACCAGCCCAGAGUUUUCCCCCCACACUCGAGCUCCCGCAGCACCGGCAGCGUGGACUCUCCCACCAGCCUGAAGAAAAGAGAGCCUGGCAUCGCCCUGGCUGCCACUUUCACUGCCAACAACAGGAGCAACAAGGGAGCCGUGGGGAACUCUGUCACCACCAUCUUACACAACAACUACUCUGAGAAACCGCUCACACCGAAGAGCUCCAACCAGAAGCCGUCGUUUAACAACAUCCUGAAGGCCACAGCCAACGAUGAGGUGUCGCUCGAGAACGGCUCCCUGACAAAGUCCCAGAAGAAUUUCUCUUCAGUUUCCUCCACCUCAAACAACAGAUCCCCAGUGUCGGCCCAGCGCGGCAGUCCUGUCCUGUCUCGGAGGAGGGAGGUCACUGAGGAGGAGGCCGAGAGGUUUAUUCAGCAGGUGAACCAGGCAGCAGUCACUAUCCAGCGCUGGUACAGACGCCAUGCUCAGAGACGACACACUAACCAGGCAGCGCUCAAACGCAUCCUUGCCAACAAAAGAAAGGAGUGGGAGGAGAGAACAGAGGAGGACAGUCACCUGGAGACGCAGCAGAAAAAGGACGAAGACAGGAAACGGAUUCGUGAGGAGAAAGCUCGUCUCGCCCGCCUCGCUGCCAUCCAGGAGCUGCAGCAGAAAAGAGCCCGGCAGGUUGCAGAGGCUCAGCAUGCUGCUGAGGUGGAGCAGGAGAGCCUGAGACAGACUGGUGUGGUUGGUCGCAAGAAACCGCCCAAGAUUUCUCCCACCAACAGAAGUCCAGCCUCACCGAGCAACAACAACCCCAUGUCCCCCACAGACGUCAAAGCUAAGAACACAGAUUCCAAUUUGAAUGUUGUGGCUGACUUAGGUGAGCUGAGUUUCAGAGCCAUUUCCCCAGCUUUGUCCAAUCACAGAGGCUCUCAGUGUUCCCAGGAUCACGAAGACGGAGCAGAUGUAGACAUUUCCCUGGAGCAGCAGCAGCAUCAGGAGAAUGACAGGAAACUGAUUCGUAAGGAGAAAGCUCGUCUGGCCCGCCUCGCCGCCACCCAGGCGAACACAUCUGAUGAGCUGCAGCAGAAAAGGGCCCAGCGUGUUGCAGAGGCACAGCAUGCAGCUGGGGUGGACCCAGAAAACACGAGACAGACUGGUGUGGUAGGGCGCAAGAAACCAGCCAAAAUUUAUCCGAUGAACAAAUGUCCGGCCUCACCGAGCAACAACAGCCCGAUGUCACCCACAGACGUCAAAGCUAAAAACACAGACUCCAAUUUGAACAUUGUGGCUGAUUUAGGUGAGCUCACCAGCUUCAGAGCCAUCUCCCCAGCUUUGUCCAAUUGCAGAGCUUCCCAGUGUUCCCAGGAGAUUCUGCAGAGGUCGGUGAGUGUGGAGGACCAGCGGCAGGGAGCUUUGUCCAGCAGGGCUCAGUCUAAAACCACCCUCAACGAGCUGCUAGACACCCUGAAGCUGUUAGAGGAGGAGCCAGAGAGGCUGUCAGAGCCAAAGUGCUACCGCAAAGAGAAAUACGCCUGGAUAGAUGAGGACGGAGACUCUAACUCUCUGACCACCGACAACCUGGAGCGUCACGGCCAGCUGAGCCACCACCCUGCGCUGCCAGACGGGGGCGCCCUGCUCUCCGAGGCCAAGCUGCAGAGCAUCAUGAGCUUCCUGGACGAGAUGGAGAAGUCUGAACAGGAGAGACCACGCUCGGUUACUUCAGGCUCUCACAGAGAGGCUGUGUUGUCAGAGGAGGAGCUGGUUGGUGUCGAGCAGGCGUCCGCCACCGCUGCCGAAGUCACCGGCUCCAUGAUGAGAAUCAAGCUGGAGCUGGAGGAGAAGAAACGCACCGUCAACAUGCUGCAGACCGCACUGGCCCAGCAGAGGGAGCUGACGGUGAGACAUGUGAAGGAGACCGAGAAGGAGCUGAACAGGAACUUCCAGCUCCAGAAGGAACAAUAUGAAUCCACCAUCCAGAGACACCUCACAUUCAUUGAUCAGCUGAUCAACGAUAAAAAGGCUUUGAGCGAGCGCUGUGAAGGAGUGGUGGGAGAACUGAAGCAGGUGGACCAAAAGUACACCAAGAAGAUUGCACAAAUGCAGGAGCAGCAUGAAAUGGUGUGGCAAAUUCUGGGUCCCUUGUGUGAGGAAAUCAAGAAGUUAAAAGAGCUAAUGAGUGCCACAGAGAAGAUCCGUCGGGAGAAAUGGAUUGAUGAGAAAACCAAGAAGAUUAAAGAGAUCACAGUCAAAGGACUGGAGCCAGAGAUCCAGAAGCUGAUUUCUAAGCACAAACAGGAGCUGAAGAAGCUGCGGACGCUCCACGAGGCGGAGCUGCUGCAGGCUGACGACCGGGCGGCCCAGCGCUACGUCCGCCAGUGUGAGGAGCUCCGCCAGCAGCUGGAGAGGGAGAAGGAGGAGCAGUGCCAGAGAGAGAGGGAACUAGCCAAACAGAGAUAUGAGAAGCAGCUUCAGGAGGAGGAGCUGUCCCUGCAGCAGCAGAGGAGGCGUCUCUACAAGGAGGUGGCAGAUGAGAAAGAGAGGCUGGCUCAGCUGUCUUCAAGGCAGCGUGCUGAGCUGGAGGAUCUGCGGAGGCAGCUGGAGGAGAACAGCUCUCUGGCUGGACGGGCCCUCAGAGAGGAGCUGGACAAGACCAGAGAGGAGCAGGAGAGGAGACACCAGCUUGAGAUGAAGGCUUUACAAGAACGUUUGGACAUCGAAAAGCAGACGUGGGAAGAAAACUACAAGAAAAAAGAGGAAGUGUGGCUGCUGAGCCGUGAGCGCGAGCUCAAAGACGAUCUGCGACGAGAACGCGACAAAGAGAUCGAGCUCGCCAUCUGGACGCUGGAGGAGGAGACGAGCAAGGACAAAGAGGAGUGUGAGAGGGCAGCUGACAACAGGGUGAAGCGUGUGAGGGAGAAAUACGAGGCUGAGCUGAGGGAGCUGGAGCGCUCCGAGAGGGCAGCCGUGGAGAAACAACAAGAGCUGAGGAAGCAGCAGAUGGAGAUGGAGGGAGAGCUGAUUAGACUGCAGGCCUCGCUCAGACAGAAAGAACAGGAGACUGAAGACAUCACUCAGACCAGGGACAAGCUGGUGGAUGAGCGCCGCAGCCUGGCAGAGGUGAUAAGGCAGGAGUUUGCCGACCGGCUGGUGAUGACGGAGGAGGAGAACCGCAGGUUGAAAGUGGAGGUGUCAGAAGUCCGAGCGAGGCUACGGCUGGAGGUGGAGCGGGUCUCCAGGGAGAAGGAAGAGGAGUUGGCUGAAGUCCACCAACGAGUGAAGUCGGCCAUCUUGAAGAAGGAAGAAACAGUCAGUUGUCUCCGGAAGCAGCAUGAGGCUGCCCUGAAGAGGGCCGAUCACCUGGAGGCCCUGUGGGAACAGCAGAGGAAGCAGCUCCUGGAGAAGUGACCGACAGGACCUCUCCUCUCUGAACCUCCGUGGUCCCCGCUCUUCCUCCGCUCCGAGCUCCCCCAGGCAUGAAGGAGCGUGUUGUGUUGUAAGGUCCCUAAUUUAAACGCCACAGACCAGGUGGCACCAGAUGAAAAGACUAUGGAUGGACUUGUCAUUCUUCUUCUUCCCCUUCCAUAGGUGGAUUGCUGCAGUUUGUGUGCCCCCCCCCCC